CUUGUAGAAUAUAACUAAUAAUAACUAGAGAUGUUUACCAAUGAUGCAUGCUGUUACACAAAAGAAAACUUACUUGCAAUCAAAGAAAAAGAUAAAAAACAAAAAGUUUGAUGUUAUUACAAAUGAAUUGUAUAAAGAAAAAGUGAGAAAAAUAAAUGAAGCUUUGGAUUGUGAUCCUGUUGAUAUUUUUACUCUUCGAAAGUUAAUGUUUUCAUAUGGUGGAUGUAUAAAUAAUGAUUUAAGGUGCAAAGUCUGGCCCAAACUACUCAAUGUUGAUAUUUUUAACAUUUUGAAGGGGAAAAGUGUUGAUGAUGAAAUUGAAGAGUUUAAAAAAAAUGUUUGGUGGAACCAGGUGAACCUUGAUGUAAAUCGUUCAUACAGACGUUUUGCACCUAACAUACGUAUGUCUCGACGCAAGGUCUUACAACAAAAACUUCUUUUUGUAAUUAUGAGAGUGCUUUGCAGAAAUCCUCAUCUACACUAUUUUCAGGGUUAUCACGAUAUUGCAGUAACACUGUUACGAGUGUUAGGUGAAGAACUGGCUUCUGAAUUAUUAAAUGUUCUUUCAAAUACUUACUUGCGAGAUUUUAUGGAUAAGGACAUGAAAAGAACAAAUAAUCUUCUGUCUUUCUUCUAUCCAAUUCUUUCAAAAGUUGACAAAGAACUUGAAGAAUUUUUAACCAGGUCAGAAGUAGGUACCAUAUUUGCAUUGAGUUGGUUAAUUACAUGGUUUGGGCAUGAUGUGAACAAGAUUGAGGUGAUAGUGCGUAUAUGUGAUAUUUUUCUUGCUGGCCAUCCUAUACUCCCUAUCUACUUUGCUGUAACAGUUGUUGUGUCCCAUCGGUCAAUGAUACUUAAACGUGACUGUGAAAUGGCUAUGGUUCAUCAGUGUUUAAGCAAGUUGCCUUUUUCAAUGAGUGUCGAUGAUGUUGAGAAGUUUAUCUCAGAUUCAUUAGUGUUUUUUAAGAGACACCCUCCCGAUUCUUUGUCAAAAGAUAUUAUUUACCACAUGAAACAAAGUGACUCAAUUGCUCUUCAUUCAGACUUGCUUGAGCGUUCUCAGGCUCAACGUCCGGAUAGAGUCCUGCGUAAAAGAAAAAGAAUGGGUAAACUUUUAUGUGAAAAUUCUUUACCUAUAUUGUCUGUUGCUACUACAGAGGAGUUAAAUGCGAAUCAAUCAAAUUUGUUAGUUAAAGCUGCUGUUUGGACUAUGACAAUAUCAAUGGGAGUUAUGACAUUUUUAGUAUUGAAUACUGGAAAAUGGGUUUGAAAGUAGUUUAAUGAAGACUAAAAAUUCCAAUUUCCUUUGUUACAAAAAUUUAUAAA